CUUUAUUCGUCAAUCAAGAUUCGAAACCCUUCAUCUACGUCUCCCUCUCUCUCUCUCCCCUAUAAUUCCAAUUUCCAGAGAGUCCCUUCGGAUCGGGUUGCCUUAUUUUUCGAACCGUAAUCUGAUUCCAUCACCCACCCGUAUUAAUCUAUAAAUUUUGGUUUCUUUUCGGAAUAUAUUUGCCCACUAAUCGUUUUCGGGAAUACUAUCGUUCACAAGAAACCAAUUCCAACAUAGACCGAAAAGCUACUAGGGAAGGGCAGUUCCCACUUUCCCCUUGUAUUGGCGUGAGGCUUCCAAUUCCAAUUCCGACAUUUGAUUAUUCUGUUUUUGUGGGGUUUUCGAUUCUCAUGCAAAUUUCGUGACCUAUGCUCACUUUCUAAUACUUCUCCACGUUUUAGAAGAUGGGUAUUUCGAUUUCGGACGAGUUGUUAGGCACUUUUGUACCAAUCGUGGUGUAUUGGGUUUAUUCUGGGAUAUAUGUUUUGUUGGGAUCCUUUGAGAAUUACCGGCUGCACUCUAAGAAAGACGAGUAUGAAAAGAACUUGGUGUCCAAGGGUACCGUGGUCAAAGGGGUCCUUCUUCAACAGAUUGUUCAGGCUAUUGUCGCAAUCCUAUUGUUCACGGUGACGCAAGAUGAAGGGGCUGUUGAUGGUCCACGGUCUUCCUUAUUUGUUUUAGCUAGACAGUUCAUAACUGCUAUGUUGGUCUUAGAUACUUGGCAAUACUUUAUGCACAGAUACAUGCAUCACAACAAGUUCUUGUACAAGCAUAUUCAUUCUCAACAUCAUCGACUUGUUGUGCCCUACGCAUUUGGAGCUCUGUACAAUCACCCAUUGGAGGGGCUUCUCCUUGACACAAUCGGUGGGGCCUUAUCUUUUCUUCUCUCUGGUAUGUCUCCUCGAGCCUCGAUCUUCUUCUUCUCCUUUGCUACCAUUAAAACGGUAGAUGACCAUUGCGGAUUAUGGCUUCCUGGGAAUCUCUUUCACACGUUCUUUCAAAACAAUACUGCUUAUCAUGAUGUCCACCAUCAGCUUUAUGGCAACAAGUACAACUUCUCACAGCCUUUCUUCAUAAUGUGGGAUAGAAUUCUUGGAACGUAUAUGCCUUACUCGUUAGAGAAAAGAGCAGCUGGUGGCUUUGAGGCACGGCCUACUAGAGACUACAAGGAUGAUUAAUUGUUGAGUGAUAAACAUACAUCGUUUGUACGAUUAUUAUUUUUUCCUCUAAAGAGCCACCUUUCCUAUGUUAUUAUUUGUAUGUACAUAUAUUAUUGUGCUUUAUACGUCUAUUUCUUUUUGUUAAUAUAGUUUGGAAACUCUUACGAAUCCAA